AUGCUCACAAAACAGCUUCUUUUCUCUCUGGUGUUCGGCCAGUUGGCUUUGGGUUUCCAAUUGAGACCCGACCAACAGAUGUUUUCCUUGGAAGAGCAAAUGUUGGCUUCUGCCUCUAAGAAGUACGAGGACACUAAAAUUAAGUUCCUCGAGGACUACUAUAAAGUGGACCAAGAAAACAAUGCUCUGAUGUUUGCUGCUGAUAUUCAGCUCCCAGACGACUUGGCCCAGAUUGCCUCGCAGGAUAUCACCUACAAGGACCCUGACGAUACCUCCGACCUCUACCCUGGAAAAACUGAUAGAUAUAAUGGCAUUACCCAGGCCGGUUGGCUAUCUUUUGGACACCUUCCAAUGGAGAUGCAUUGUUUCGAUGGAAACAUGCUUGACGAGCUGGAAUUCGACAUUGCCGUCAUUGGAGCUCCGUUUGACACCGGUAUUUCCUACAAGCCGGGUGCUAGAUUUGGUCCGGAUUCUAUCAGACAGGGAACCAGAAGAUUUUCUGGAGGAUUUUCACCUUACAGAAAGGGAUUCAGUGUCUGGAACAACUGGGCCAAGAUUGUUGACUGUGGAAACGUGCCAAUGACCCCAUUGGACAACAGAAUUGCUUUGGACCAGCUGUACAGAUCCGAAAGAGUUCUGUUGAACCACACGACCACUAAGGAGAACCCUGGAAAACACCCAAGGUUUGUUGCCUUGGGAGGUGACCACACCAUUACCUAUUCAGGAAUUCGUGCUGCUUACGAAAAGUAUGGUAAGGUGAGUGUGCUCCAUUUUGACUCUCACUUGGACACCGUCAACCCGUACCACAUGAACCCGAACGUGACUGAAUACGCUGCUUUGAAUCACGGCACAUACCUGAACUGGGCUCACAAGAAGGGAUGGACCAACACCAACAAUAUCCAUGCUGGACUGAGAGGUUGGUACGAAGACAUUGGCGACCCAGAAAGAGAUUACACCGAAUCUGGGUUUUCCAAGAUCAUGGCUAGAGACAUUGAUUCCAUUGGAAUCCACGGUAUCAUUCACAAAAUCAAGAAAACCCUCGGAGAUUCUCCUGUUUACAUCAGUUUUGAUAUCGAUGUGUUGGAUCCUGCUUCUGCACCAUCUACCGGUGCAAUUGAGCCUGGCGGAUGGACUUCUAGAGAGUUGCUCCAAAUUAUUGACGGUUUGGCUGGAAUCACAGUCGUGGGAGCAGACGUCACUGAGGUUUCUCCUUGGGGUGACUCCACAAAUGAGAUCACUUCGAUUAUCGCAGGAGAAGUCACCCGGUCGAUCCUGGCUUUAAUGGUCAUCAAGCCAGUCGAGUAG